AUGGGUCAAACCCUUUCAGAGCCUGUCAUCGACAAGACGUCCGAACAGGCCCAAGAUGACCGACUUCUCUAUGGCGUGUCGGCUAUGCAGGGAUGGCGCAUCAGCAUGGAGGACGCGCACACCACCAUCCUCGAUCUCUUAACCCCCAAGGGCGACGAAGAGAAGGCACACCCUUCACGACUCUCUUUCUUCGGUGUCUACGACGGCCACGGCGGAGACAAGGUGGCACAAUUUGCCGGAAAGCACAUGACCGACAUUCUCACGAAGCAGGACACCUUCAAGGCUGGUAACUAUGAGCAGGCGCUCAAGGACACCUUCCUGGCGACCGACCGAGCAAUACUUAGCGACCCCCAGUACGAGGAGGAAGUAUCGGGUUGCACUGCCUGUUGCGGCUUGAUCAACGCCGGCAAGAUAUUCAUUGCGAACGCGGGAGACUCGCGCAGUGUCUUGGGAGUGAAGGGCCGAGCCAAGCCUCUCUCGUUCGACCACAAGCCUCAGAACGAAGGCGAAAAGGCUCGAAUCACCGCCGCCGGCGGGUUUGUAGACUUUGGCCGGGUCAAUGGAAACUUGGCUUUAUCCCGAGCCAUUGGUGACUUCGAGUUCAAGAAGAGUGCCGAGCUUGCACCCGAACAACAAAUAGUCACUGCCUACCCCGAUGUUGUCGUGCACGAGCUGAGCGACGACGAUGAGUUCUUGGUCAUCGCAUGUGACGGUAUCUGGGAUUGUCAAUCCUCGCAAGCGGUCGUCGAGUUCGUUAGAAGAGGAAUCGCUGCGAAACAGGACCUCGACAAGAUUUGCGAGAACAUGAUGGACAACUGUCUAGCUUCUAACUCGGAGACUGGCGGUGUUGGCUGCGACAACAUGACCAUGAUUGUUAUAGGCUUCCUCAGAGGCAAAUCCAAGGAGGAAUGGUACAACGAGGUUGCAAGCCGCGUUGCCAAGGGCGAUGGUCCCUGUGCCCCUCCCGAAUACGCUGAGUUCCGGGGACCUGGCGUUCAUCACAACUUCGAUGACAGCGACAGUGGCUAUGAUGUCGAUAUGGAGAACAAGUCCUCCAAGACCUUUGGCAUCGGUGGGUACAAAGGCCGCAUUAUAUUCCUUGGAGAUGGUACUGAGGUUCUUACCGACUCGGACGAUACCGAGAUGUUCGACAACUCCGAAGAAGACAAGGACUUGGCGAGCCAAGUCGAGAAGAACGCCCCGGCCAAUGACGAGAAGAGCGCGCCGCCCAGGGCCCCAUCGCCACCCCCUCGAGGAACGAAGAAGGAAGAAGAGUCCAAGGAAAAGACCGGUGAUUCGAACAAGAAAGAUACCCCAGCUGAAGUGAUGACGGAGGCGUUCAAGGGUGAAGAGAAGAGCGAGACGAAGCAUGAGACGGCAGCUACAUCCAAAGAUUGA